AUGCGUUUCUGUGGUAUCUACUUGAUAGUUAUUUUUACUCUCUGCACACCGUCCUCGUCGUUCAAGCUAAAAACGAAUUAUAUCGAAGUGCACGACAUUGACGACAAUGCCUUAAAGCAGUUACCUCCUCAAGAUCCUGCAUUUCACUCUUUUCCAACGAUACCUACUGUUCCACUUAUCCCUACAUGUAUGAAAGAAGGAUAUUUCAGAGAUCCUUUCAACUGCAAAAAAUUUUACUAUUGUCAAUACGUGAACGCAGUUCCAAAGGGUUUUUACUGUCAAAAUGAUUUGAUAUUUAACACGAUAACCGAUCAGUGUGAUAAACCUAGUUUUGUAUAUUGUUGA